AAUAAGAUAUGACCUAAAGGUCUCUGUCACCAGGUCAUAAAAAAAAAAAAAAAAUCGCUUAAUUGUUCGGAAUUCGGAUUGUGUACAAUUUUGUAAGAUUUGUUGAUUUCAACUAAAAAAACCAUGGAACAAUACGUCGAAUGUGGUUCAAGCAGCGGGGCAAGCACACCGAAGAAGACUUCUACCCCAAAAAAGCGGCGAAAUCUAAGUCCGCGUAGUAACGAUUCUACCCCAAAAAAGCGCCGAAAUCUAAGUCCGCGUAGUAACGAUUCUACCCCAAAAAAGCGCCGAAAUCUAAGUCCGCGUAGUGACGAUCCUAGCCCAAAAAAGCGUCGAAAUCUAAUCAAUUCGUUCAGUGACAGACCCCGCCAUGAUUCUGAAAUAACCACUGCACUUAAUUAUGGCAGCGAAGAAGAGUCUGACGAAGAGGAAGAAGGGAUUGCCGAGUUAGCGGUGCCCCGAAUAGCAAGAAUGUUUAUGGACGAAGACGAUGCGGAAGUCAACGAAAGAUCCUCCAACGCUACUUUGGAGCGGUCCCCUCAAUCGCCUCGACCAGCCGAUUGUGCUUCAACGCCCGCCUCACCGACGCCUGUUUCGCCGACUGCCAUGGAACCCAGCAACAAAUUUCAAUUUGAAUGGAGAAAGUUUUCAACGCCUCAAAUUGAACCUCAUUUGAGGCGAGAACCGUUCUCGCAAAUUAGUGGCCCUACAGUUUCUUUCACGAGACCAUACGAAGCAUUUAUUGCCAUAUGGGAUCGUGAAAUUAUGGAAAUGAUUGUCAGGGAAACUAACAUUUACGCACAGCAGCUGGCAACGACCAUGUUGGAGAAUGGAACGAUCUGUCCUAGUAGUCGAAUUACUCGUUGGCAUGAUACAAAUGUAAAUGAACUUUACACGUAUUUUGCCAUCGUUCUGGCUAUGGGAGUGGUGAUCAAAAGCCGGUUAAACGAAUACUGGAAUACCUCUAACGACAUCUUCAGUACUCCUGGCUUUUCCACGAAGAUGUCACUUGACAGAUUCUACCUUCUGUCAGCAUGUCUGCAUUUUAAUAAUAAUAAAGAUUGUAACUCUGCGUUGUUGACACGACCCCAAGCUAAACUUUUUAAAAUUAAACCUAUAAUAGAUCACCUUAAUCGCAAGUUUUCUGAAUUAUAUAGUUUGUCUCAAAAUGUGGCUCUCGAUGAGAGUCUGACCAUGUGGAAGGGCUGGCUUGAAAUAAAUCAGUUCAUCCCUAACAAAGCAGCCACAGUUGGAAUCAAAACCUUUGAAUUGUGCGAAUCUCAGACUGGUUAUUUGUGGCGUUUUGAAGUAUACGCAGGCCAUGACACCUCGGCAUUUCAAGAAGAUGAUCCAGUCUCGGGGAAAGUACCAGCUCUAGUGCUCAGACUUUUAAAUGGUCUUGAACAUAAAGGGCACACAAUAUGGAUGGACAAUUACUACAACUCUCCAUCACUGGCACGAGAACUGAAGAUCCGGGGAUUUGACUGCGCGGGGACGCUCCGGACAAACCGUCAAUUCGUACCACCUGAAUUGGCGAGUAUUACAAAAAACGACAUGAUUGUCGGUCAAUUGUUGGGAUGCACCUCUGGAGAUGUGGACAUUGUGGUGUGGAGGGAUAAAAACCUCGUGGCUUUUAUUUCAACAUACCAUGCUCUCCUAGCUACCAAGUGUGGCGAUACAGUUAAGCCGACAGUCGCGCAGGACUAUAAUCUUAAUAUGGGCGGAGUAGACCGUAAGGAUCAGCAACUCGCAAUGUACCCUUUAGAAAGAAAAAGGCAUAAGGUGUGGUACAAAAAAAUUUUUAAAAGACUCUUGAACGCUAGUGUCCUGAACUCCUACAUUUUACUGAAAAACCAGUCGUGGGAACACCGGAAAUUCCGAAAGGCGUUGAUAACUGAUUUGUUUACAGCACACCGAGCCCCUGCACCUAACCCAAAAUCCAUCGCAACAUCAGUACAUAGCCCGGCACAAUACAGUUCGAUUAAUCCCAAAAAGACAGACCGACUUAGGCGCCGAUGCGUCGUCUGCAAAAAACUAACUGCCACGUACUGUAAAGCUUGUCAACUGUCAAUGUGUACUUACACGUGUUACGAGCCUUACCACACUGCACACUGACGCUUUUCAGACCAUUACUUAUUUAUAUAUACACACACACAUACGCACACACACACACACACUGACACACACACACACACACACACACACACACACACACACACUGACACACACACACACACACACACACACACACAGAGUAUUUGGGCACUAGUUUUAAAGAUAAUUCUAAAGAAUAAUAAUGUAGGGUAAUUAGGUAUUAUUACCAUCCAUAUUGUUGUGAAGUACUACACAAAAUGCUGCAUUAUGUGUCUGGUAGAUAUAUAUGUAAAUAUGUUUUAUACACUUUUUUUUGUGCAUGUAAGCUUAUUAAGUGGCGGCCAGGGUCAUGUCACCAAUGCAACUCGCACCUAUAACGAACUGGAAAAGUCAUCAACUGAAUUGAAUAUUUUUACAUAAUAUAAAUUAGCGAUGCUUAUAAACAUGAUUAAGGGCAUCCUCCAUGUUAAUAAUAGAUUAGGUAGUGUAAUUGUUUAAUGCUUAAUGUGAUUUCCUUUGUGAUUGUGAUUUAUUGUUACUUCCUUACAUUAAAAUUUCGAUUGGUUUUCGCUAUCGUAAUGUCUUGUCUUAUACGUAGUUGUAAUGAACAUUGUGUACUUAGCACAUCUAUCCUGAUUAGUUGUGCGCGCAUGGCUUAUGUUACAAGCCAAAUUUUUUACUUGUUGUUAUUAAUUUUGUAUCUUUUUUUUUUAACUUAUAAUGUGUAUUGUGUACCUAGUAAAAAAAAAGAGAUGGCACUCAAGUAAGCAAUCAGAUUAUGAGGGAUUUGGGUAAUUUGUGUGGUGUUAAUGUGUUUCUUAAUUUGAUUUAUGUACGAUUAUCUGUAGAUUGCCUACUUACUUUAGUAGGAAAGAUUAUAUGAUCUUUAUCAUGAAAAAUCAUAUAAUCAUGAUAAGUCAUUUCAUGAGUAUGUCUGUAAAUAUUCCAAGCUGUUUAAAAAAGUCUGUACAUUGGCCUAAUCAUCGCACUUAGGCAUCUUAUAAAAAUGCACCUGACAAAAUUAAAAUGACUUGGAAUAUCAUUAAUAAGGAGACUGGGAAUGUCAGAAACAGCAAUGCUGAAUUAACUUUGAAAACCAAUGAUAGAAUAAUAACUUCUCAUCAAGAAGUGGCCAGUGCCUUUGUGCGCUACUUUGCUGAUAUCCCAGCUUCUACUACAAAAUCUUUAAUUUCAUCUCCUACCGUCGCCGAAUCAUUACUGCAAGAUCAUGUUGAUAAAUGCAGUGUUAACUUUAAGUGCACAAAUAUUGAUAUAAAGGACAUAAUUGGUAAUUUCAAGCUCAUUAAUAUUAAGAAAACUGGUGAUUUAUGGGGAAUUUCAAUUAAGGUUAUAAAAUCCAUUAUUGAUAUAAUCGCACUUUACCUUGCUACAAUAUUUAAUGACUGUAUUGAUUGUGGUGUGUUUCCUGAUCUAAUGAAAUAUAGUAAAAUAAUACCUUUGUUUAAAUCUGGUAGUACUUUUGACCCCUCUAACUUAAGGCCCAUUUCAGUACCUACUACCUACAUUGAGUAAAAUUUUUGAAAAAAAUAUUUUGGUACUUUUGAACCAUUUCAAUUCCAAUAACCUGUUUCAUAACAAACAAUAUGGAUUUACUAGAGGUCGUUCAACUAUUGAUGCAGGUGUAGAUCUUAUUAAAAAUAUUUCUCAGGCUUGGGAGGAAUCGCAUAAUGCACUUGGGGUAUUCUGCGACUUAUCUAAAGCUUUUGAUUGUGUUGAGCAUAAUACAUUGUUGAGGAAAUUACACCAUUAUGGUAUUAGGGGCGUUUCAUUAGAACUUAUUAAAUCUUAUUUAUCCAGAAGAAUCCAAAAGGUAGACGUUAAAGGAAAGAGAUCUUCCGGUGUCUUACAUAUGGGUUCCAUAUUGGGUGCCUUCCUAUUUCUUGUGUAUAUCAAUGAUUUACCAAAGUUUAUUGAAACCCGUCACGAGGUCGUAUUAUUCGGUGACGAUACAUACUUAUUGUUUAAAAUUAAACGACAAUUGGAAGAUUAUGACGAUGUGAUUGAUGCUAUCUCGCGCGUGGAACAUUGGUUUAGUGUUAAUAAUCUGUUAUUAAAUAACAAAAAAACAAAAUGUAUAAAAUUUACCACACCUAAUGUUAGACAAGUAAACACUAAUAUUACUGUAAGUGGAGAGACACUGGAUCUUGUGGAUUCGACAGUUUUUAUUGGUAUAACAGUUGAUUCUAAGCUGCAGUGGGGUCCUCACAUAUGCAAGUUAGCGAGUAGACUUAGUUCUGCAGCGUUUGUGGAAAAAAAAAAGCGAACGUAUACGUGAAGAUACGGCACGUCUGGUUUAUUUCAGUUAUUUUCAUAGUGUUAUGUCCUAUGGCAUUUUGCUAUGGGGCAAUGCUGCCGAUGUCGAAACGAUUUUCAUCCUGCAGAAGAGGGCUAUUCGUGCUAUUUAUAAUAUACACCCGAGGGAAUCCUUGAGGGACAAGUUUAAGAAAAUCAAAAUUCUAACUUUAGCGUCCAAAUAUAUUUUUGAAAAUUUAUUAUACGUGCGUAAAAAAAUAGAAGAAUUCCCUAGAGUCUGCGAUUUGCAUAAUGUGAACACUAGGAACAAACAUAGGCUUGCGUUGCCGGCGGCUCGAAUUAAGAUAAUAAGCAACUCUUAAGGGGCUGGGUGUACAACUUUUCAACAAGAUCCCACAAAACGUUCAAUUAUUACCUGUUCAUAGAUUUAAGAAAACUGUCAAGGAACGUUUGUGCAACAAGGCAUAUUAUAAAGUUAUGUAUUAUUUACUUUUCAUUUUUCAUUAUUUUUAAUUGUAUAUUUUGACUUGUUUUUUGUUUAUUGUAAAUAUUCUUACUUAUUUAAAAAAAAUAUGAGAAAAAACAACAAAAAAGCCCGCUGAGUUGGUUUCGCUGGUUCUUCUCAGGACUGUGGCUUUUUUUGGUUACAUUAACAUUGUUAUUUAUAUUUUGACAUUCAACAAGUGUGUUAUACUUACUGACAUCUAAGUUGAAAUAAAUGAUUUUGAAUUUGAA